ACCUGUGAUAUAGGCUUCAUCUUUUUAAGGAUCAAUCUGGAUCUGGACCACAAAAGCGCAGCCUCAGUAGUCGCCCUUCGCCCGAUCAUUGAAGACUUCAUCAUGCGAUUCACAAGCGAACCCGAGAGAGCACUGCAGAUGGCAGACAGUGAUGUCACUCUGAAACACGUGAUCAGAAGUCUGUCUACGGCAGAUAGUGUGUUGCUGGAAAGGGGAGGGGCGAGUGGGGGUGGUGCAAUUAAAAGGCCGAUGAUGCAGUCGCCAUUGGGGGGAGGAUAUGGACAGUACGGGCCUUCGCCUCCCAAGGCUACUAUGAUGGAAAGCAGUUACAACAGUGGCGGUGCAAAUCAAAGUUAUGGCGGCUACGGAGAGCCCAGUAGAGGUCAGCAUUUAUGUAGUACUGGCGUGUAA